AUGUACAAAGAUAUUGAACAAUUCUUGCAAAGUCAUGAUAAUGAUCUCAUGCCGAUAAGGUAUACUUACUCAGAAAUUAAGAAGAUAACCAACAGAUUUAAAGACAAGUUGGGUGAAGAAGGCUCUGGCUCAGUGUAUAAGGGAAAGCUUCGUAGUGGUCGUUUUGCAGCAGUUAAAAUAUUGGACAAGUUAAAAGAUAAUGGACAAGAUUUUAUGAACGAAGUUGCCACAAUUGGAAGAAUUCACCAUGUCAAUGUCGUGCAACUUAUAGGCUUCACUGUUGAGGGAUCGAAGCGUGCUCUUAUAUAUGAGUUCAUGCCUAAUGGGUCUCUGGAAAAGUAUAUUUUUUAUAGGGAAGGUAACGUCUCACUAAGCAAUGAGAAAAUGCAUGAGAAUUCUCUUGGGGUGGCUCAUGGCAUUGAAUAUCUACAUCAAGGUUGUGAUAUGCAAAUCUUGCAUUUUGAUAUCAAGCCUCACAACAUUCUUCUUGAUGAUAAGUUUGUUCCGAAAGUUUCAGAUUUUGGAUUAGCCAAAUUGUACCAAACAAAUAAUAAUAUUGUGUCCCUCAGUGCUGCUAGAGGAACAAUAGGAUACAUGGCUCCCGAACUAUUUUAUAAGAAUAUUGGACGUGUCUCUGACAAAGCUGAUGUCUAUAGUUACGGGAUGUUAUUAAUGGAAAUGGUAGGAAGAAAAAAGAACUUGAAUGCAUUCGCAAGUCAUUCAAGCCAAAUUUACUUUUCUUCAUGGAUUUAUGACCAAGUUAGUGAAGGAAAGGACAUAGAAGUACAAGAAGAUGUCAUGGAACAUGAAGAAAAAACAAUGAAAAAGAUGAUUAUUGUGGCAUUGUGGUGCAUACAAUUGAAGCCUGUUGAUCGUCCCAGACUGAAGUGA